ACUCGCAUACAAGUCUCCGCGUAAAAAUAAAGUCCGCAGCGCGUCCGCGCACUUCAACCCAUUUAUAAUUAUCAGUAAAUCGCCGCGCGAGCGCACGACUGCCGCGGCCGGCGACCGCUCGCUGAAAAGAAAAUAACAUUCGCUUUUAACCAAUCCGACCCGGCCCUUUCGUGACCUAGGGACGCGAGACAUAGUCCCUAGUCCAACGCGCUGACGGUAUUGCCGCGACUGUCACACCUACGCAAUAGGCACCGGCCCUACGGCACGAACUCGCUCUUGAUUGGACGACGUGUGUACUGUGAUUAUGAUGACGUUGUAUCUGUGAUAACACCGUGUAAUAACUUGUAUAAAUAUGCCUGAAAAACCGAAACGACGUAAAAACAAUAAAAACAAGAGAAAAAACAAAAAUCAACGUGUAGAUUGUAAUAAAAAUGAUAGUGCGGUGAAUCAAAUUGAAGAUGUUGAAUCGUGUAGUGUUGAACAGCCUAUUUCAACUGAUGACAUAGAUUCAGUUACCGAGAAAAUAGAAAGUAACCCUGUUAAUAUAGAAACUCCUAAACCGUCUGUAAGUAAUCAAAGUGACAAUGAUGUGAUUGAAGAUAGGAUUGUUUGCUUUGCUACUGAAAACACGUCUCAGGAUCUUAAUAAUAAUAAUGACAUAGUGGAACCGUUAGCACUUUCCUCCCAAUUUCCUUUGAAUGAAAAUGUAAAUACUCAAGACAGUGACGUUUACGUAGUAGAAUCUCCAGAACAGUCUCUUAAAAGUAAAUCUAAACGAAAGAAAUCUAAAUUAGAUAGUAUUAAAAGUAAAAGUUUGGAUAACGAUGAUGCACCUCACAUUGUUGAAAUCACUGAUAAUAUAACAACUCAAGCGGAAAACGAAAAUAAUUUACCUGUUAUUGACGGUAAUAAUGUUUUGAUCUACGAAGUUGAUAGCGAUGUAGAGUGGGAGAAGGCAAACGAGAUGAACCCCAAUACUACUCCUACCGAUGUAAAGGAAGUUGCUACUGGAACAUUAUCUAUAACAACAAUUCCACUUAACGUAGCACAAUGUGAACAAACUAAAUCUCUUACACCUGAUGAAGAAAUGUCUUUAAGACAUUAUUUACAAAGUUUGAACUUGUCAACUAAUCCUAAUGUAAAUACGGUAGAGAUUAAAACAGAAAUAGAACAAAUAAUAAAUCGUGAAAUCAAACACAGACUUCGAAAAAAGGGUCUAGCUGAUGAACUUUUUGUCCAGAGAGUUGGUCCUCCUCGUAUAUUGGACGUCAUUGAUGAAGAAGGGAGUAGUGAAUCGUCAAUGACGUCACGACGCCAAUCGUAUUUAAGUGAUAGAAAAAGUGAUAACGAAGAUUUGGAAGAUGAAGUAUUUGAAGACAAAGCAAAAUUAAAUGAAAAAUAUGUAACAAAAUCCAUAGGCCAUUUUGGGAAUAAAAGUUACGCUAGACCGAUUCCACAAAAAUGUAUGUUAGUUGGAACUAAACUAAUAGAACCAAGAAUAACAGAGGCCCGCGGAGACUGGACGAUGCAAAAGGUAGAAAAAAUGACUGGUGCAGAAGUGGUAUAUCUGACAGAUUCUUCUAGUAGCACGAGUUCAAUACAUGAUAUUGAUGAUGAAACUGAUGAUGGUGUGGAAACUGAUGUAUCGAUUCGGAUGAUAACACCCACUAUUGAAGUAAUUGACACUGAGGAAUUACUGAAAAACACAUUCAUUUGCGAUAGUAAGGAACAAAUAAAAUCUGAUAUAACUAAAGAAGAAAUAAGUGAUAUUAAUCUCAUAAAAUGUAUUGAAGUAAAUGAGAAUAAAAGUGUUACAGAGAUUGCUGAUAAUACAACGACACCUAACCCCAAUGAAAUUGUCGUAUUGUCUACAAAUGAUAUUAAAACUGAUCUCUAUGUCAAAGAUUUAGAUGAGGCACAAAUAAAAGGAAGCAAUGGUCCUAGUGACGAAAAGUCGUAUCAUGAACCGUCUCAAGGAUGUAAUAAAGAAUCAAAUACCGAUAAUAAUAGGCAUCUGUUCAACCUUGAACUGAAAGUUUUGAAAUGUGAACUAAAUAACGCAUUCAAUAAUUUAAUCAAUGAAGUUUCUUCUGAUUCUGAUUUACCAAAUGAAAAUAUAAAAGAUAACUUUACUCGACAAGAUUCCUCAAGUAGCGUUUCUUCUUCCCAGUGCACAGCUAAAUACAACCCAACUUCUUCAUCCCUGAAUGAUGUGUCUAACAUGUUGCAUGACGAAAACUGGCAAAAUAACGAAAAUUCUACAAAAAAUGUAAAAAGUUCUUAUGCCACUCAUGUUAAAGAUGUAUUUGAAUGUGUUACAGGAUCAACUGAGAAACAUAACAGCGAAUAUAGAAUAUUAUGUCAGCCUUUAGCGUUGAAAGAUUUGUGCGUCAUAAAAAUUGCCAAGUUUCCAUAUGGGGAGAAAAUUCUAGAAGAAUUGGCUUCCGUUUCAGAACGUUUGCAAAAUAUUAACGUUUACGAUUUGACUACAAAAGAAAAAGACGAAGUAAAUAUCAAGGAAAACAUUAAAGAAGCAAAGAUGCCGUAUUAUCCCUUGCCUGAUUUGUCAAGUAUACAGAAAGUAUCGCUAUCUUCGAGCAGUCAAGAGCCUUUAGCACCUCCUGUGCAGCCCCGGAAUUCAUCUUUGAAAAAGUCGCAUGAUGAUAAUCAUUGGACUGCUUUGCCGUCGAAAACAGAUCCUGUUUAUAUUUGUUUAUCACCAUCUCAAAAAAUGUUGAUGGAAAAAACAAAUACAGUAAUAACAAAAGAAGACGCUAGUGAACUUAUAAAUACUCAUAAGAAAUUCGUAGAUCGUAGAGGAUACAAUGAAUAUUAUAAUGAAAAGAAAUUAGACAGUGAUCGUUUCAAAGAAACUCCUGUGGUACCCUUUAAAUCACAAACUGGAAGUCGUUUAUUAGCCUUAAUUCGUGAUCCAACAGUUACAUACAACAUAAACUCCUCAGGGAAUGAUUAUCAUUUUAAAAAUAAUUUCGAAGAGAGAAACCAGUUUAACCAAGAAAAUAGUCUCAAAAAAUCAUACAUGAAUAAUACUAGAAAAGAUCUCUCCACUUCAUUUAAACCCAUACCUCCGCCAAGACCAAAAAAAUAUUCAUCGUCAUUUUAUGAAAGUGAUGAAAGUUCGGAUUAUACUGAUAGUUCUUUCAGGUCGAUGAAAAGUGAAAGAAAAUAUUUUCACUUUUCUACUGGAAAUUUAAGUAAAGACAUUGAAAAUGAUGUUUCUUCUAUACAAAAUAUGCAUAGACAUUUUACAGAUGUACGUGAUAAUAUUCAUGAAGUUAAUUUUCCUCGACGGCCUUCAUUGCCGAGAGAUAUUUGUGAUAAACAAAUGGAAUAUAUUAGACAAAAAGAAAAAGAAGUUGAAGCUGAAAUUAGACGCUUAGAAGAAGAAAAGAUCAAUACGCCAGUUGUACCUAGAAGAAGCCCAAGAGCUCCAUUAAUUAAAGACAAAGAUAAUAUGGAAUAUCUGAAUGUCGACAGCGAUAAAAAUGAGCAUGUUUUAUUUAAUAAUGGACAAAAUGUUGAAAAACCCAACCAAAGUAGAUUGAAAUCAUUGUUUAGCAGUAGUCAAGAAGAAUUGCUACGAGAUAAAAUGUAUUCGGAAUAUAUAAACCAAAUGGCCCAACGUCAAGAAAGAAAACAACACAGAAUUAUAAAAAUAACCAAUAGUGGUGGUGUUUCAAGUGGUAAAACAGUAUCAAAGAGCAUGUCGGCACUUGACAUUUUGGAUUCAAAGGUAAACAAUCGAAUUGAAAAGGAAUUUAUAUCAAAAGCAAGGGAGAGAUGGGAUAAAUUAGGUAUUAAAGAUCCUGAGACUGAAGAUGAAAGAGAAAGUAGCAAAGAUGUAUAUAGGGAACCCAAAGUAAUAGAACAUAAGAUUAAAGUGAUUGAAGGUAACAAAGAAACAGAUGUUAAAAAAUUGCCCAGCCAUUUACAAGAUUUUGUGCGUUUUACUGUUAAGGAUAAAGACGAUGGGAGAAGCAGUUCUGCGGUGUGGAGACCUGGUGCGCCGACGCCGCCACCAGCGCCCGCGCCGGCGCCGGUCGCCCAGAGCCCUGGCGCGCCCCCGCCGCCCCCACCGCCGGUGUGGACGCCUGGCAGCGCUGGCCCUUCGCCCCAGUCCACCAGAAAGACCUUCCGGCCUGUGCACUUCGAGGAGACACCACCCGCCCGCCGUAAAUUUGGGAAUUCGGAACUGAACGGUUGCACAAGUGGGUCCGAGAGCGAAGGCCGACUGCGCACUUCUCAAAGUGCGCCAGCAACUGGACUGAACAGUUUGGGGACAACUGGCGCCAGUCGUUUGCCGCGAGCACAAAACCCAACAGUCACUCUUUUACAGAAGGCUCGAGAAGGUCAAAUCCCUCGUGGCUCCAGCUAUCUUCAACAGGAGCGAGACAGUGCGAGACUCCCACGGGAUCGGCCAUCGCCACCUAUCGGUGACCCAGUGCAUGCCUUACGCCAAGGGUACGUGAGUGAGGGCGAGGCGGCGAGCGAUUACGGGCGCGUCGCGCGGAAGAUGGCCGAUGCGCCGCGGAAAGUGGAAGGAAUCGGACCCACCACCAAGGACGGCAUGCCGGUCGCGCUUAGAUCUGAAGUCAAAGACCCUUCAAAGUGGUACAAGAAAAUGUACGACACUAUUCACAAAAACAAAUACGAUGACGAUUAUGUGACUAUUCGAUACAAAAGUCGACGAGGCGAACCGCCCCAGAGGAUACCAAACAAGUCUCAGUACGCGUACUUCGACCCUCGCUCGGGCUACCUCAGCGAGCCCGAGGGAGGGCUCGGGAGGCUGGGGUCUAGCACUUGGAGUGACGCGUACGACAGUGACGUCACGUCCGGUACUAGAAGAAGAACCGCCUCAGUGCAAGAGGAUAGGAGAAUCAGUGAUACCAGCUCACCGUACAUGCCUAGUAAUAAGUAUAGUACUUUAGCUUCAGCGAGAGCAAGUCAAGAAGUAUACAAAAGUCAGCCGGGAAGAAUAGAGGACUAUGUGCCUGGACGGUCGUCGGUAAUUGACAAAGAAGCGAAACAGUGGUGGGACGAGGUCAUGGACAUUUUUGAUGGGCAAAAUAUUUCAAGCACAACUUCAUUACCACAAGCGUCACCCAAAGAAAAGAAGGACAUCACUUCAGCUAUUUUAUCUAAGUCAAAUAUGGCCAGGGCUCUGAAGGAAUCCGGCUACGAGUCAGACUCGACGCUGGUGUUCCGCCGGCGGGACGAGGGCGAAGCCCCGCUGUCGCCGGCGGAGCGCCGCGCCGCCUACCGCGACCUACAGGCUGGAGGCGAGCCCCCGCUCAGGGGCUUCCGCUCGCCCGCGCCGCCCAGGCAAGAAUCCGAAUCCGCUCCCGACCCACCGCGAAGAGCGUCACAUGGAAUCUACUCCGAUAAAGAAUCGCCGCGGCGUUACGUGGAGAGUGAUGUGAACAUCCACUACAGAUGUCCAGUGCGGCACGACCCCUUGCCGCUGGUGCCUGAGAGAGAGCUAGCGCGGCAGCAGGCCGAGCACAUGAAGAGGCUUUACAGGGAACAGAAGAGGAACAAAUACUUGCAGGAGAAUGAGAUACACCCCUUGGACAUAGAAGCGUUUGACGCCUCGAUAAAGGAGUUGCAAGAUAUGCAAAAUCGACGUCACCAGGAUAACUUUACGCCAUCACAGAAAAACAUUCUUCCUCUAAACAGAUAUGAUGAGGCUGACAGAAUUGUGGCAAGAGCUCUCUAUGCGUUCAACGGCCAAACGGCGAGGGAACUUAGCUUUAGGAAAGGAGACCUUAUUAAUGUUAGGAGACAAAUUGACGCCAAUUGGUACGAGGGAGAGGUGCAUGGGAGGAUAGGACUGUUCCCCUACAAUUAUGUUGAGAUAAUGAAAGGUGACGUGGCCCAAUCACCAAAGAAGCCCACUGUCAUCGAAGGCAGAGCUAGAGCCAAGUUCGACUUCACUGCGCAAACAAACCUCGAGCUUCCUCUGAAGAAAGGAGAAGUAGUUGUCCUGACGAGGCGCAUCGACCAGAACUGGUGGGAAGGGAGGAACGGGAGCAAAACGGGAAUAUUCCCGGAUAGCUAUGUAACUGUGCUACAGGAACCGAGCCCCAACAGACCUGAACCGCAAACCAUCCACACAGGUGACAAACCAGUAGCGUCUCCUGCUGCCCACGGACUCCUCAACGGGUCUGCGAAGAGAAGCAUGGGUCCCCACAGUUACAUGCCGCAGCCGAACAACCCCGCACUGUCUAAUGCGCCUCCGGCCACGCAACCGUUACCAGGAUACGUGGCGAAACCUGCUCAAGUGACGGCGACGCCCUCCGAGCGAGGAUAUGGUCCCCCCACGGGAGCUGGAGUGGACCUCAACAACACGGAGCCUCUCUACGUUGACACCAAUGCCGAAGCUGUGCCGUACCGUGCCAUGUACAAGUACCGCCCGCAGAAUCCGGACGAGUUGGAGCUGAACGAAGGCGACACGGUGUACGUGCUGGAGAAAUGCGACGACGGCUGGUACGUCGGCUCCAGCCAACGGACCGGCCGCUUCGGGACCUUCCCCGGUAACUACGUGGAGCGCAUCUGAUAGCGCGAGACGUCGCUGCUGCGCCGCCUGCGCCGCGCCGCGCUCUGCGCUCGCCGCCCGCGCUGACACACACACACACACAUAGGCAACACACACAUAAUGCGUUCUAAAUUCAUAAUAAAUUAAAGUGUUACUAACUAGAAAGCAAACCUUAUUCAAAAUUCAGAAAGAAAAAUUGCUCUUAGAUUUUUCGUUUAGGUACUCCUUACAUCGAUGGAAUGACAAAGAAAAAAUCGUCCGGCCUAUCGCAGUAAUUUUUCAGUCUGAAUUUUUAGAUAAGAGUUUGCCUUCCAGUGAUUACUUUUGUGGACUUCACACACGUAUAUAUUGCGUUGAUGUACAAAUCUACAGAGUAAAAAUAACUGAUUAUGAAAAUAAUAGUGCUUUUUGAAAUUGAAAUUCUGAUACCUAUAUGUACCAUUUAAAGUGCGGCUUUUUAUAAAAAAAGUGAUUGUAAAAUUUCUAGGAUAUAAAACAGCCAUUUAUCUUGCAAAAAAUAUAAUGCCGUUAUCUGUAGAUUUUUACAUCGCCCUAAGAAUAUAAUUGUAAAAAAAUUGCUUUAUAUAUCCAAAAAUAUCCAAUAACUACACGAAUAAAUGUAACUCAGCGUGGCGGCAAAAGUGUAACAUUAUGAUAUCGGCCUUAUUCUGUGUAAGGAAUUAAUCGUCUUAGCCAUACAUGCCCUUUUAUAAAGUUUUCAAUAAAUUUAAAAAGCGAUCAUAUCCUCAUAUCCGAUUCUAAAUGGUUAACAAUAUACCUAUUUAUUAACUGUAUAAUAUCACUUUUACAUGUUAUUCAAUGUUACUGCCUGAAACUGCUAAUCAAUUUAUUGUUAAAAGUACAAUAAUAGUAUUAAAGAUUUUAAAAUAACAAUGGUAAGUACGAGUAUAUCCAAUCCUUAUGAUUCUGAGUUUACUGACCUAAUUACACGGCACUGUCUAUGAAAUAUAUCUGGAUAUUAAACUAUAUAGAUGUCGUUUUAACUAGCGACAUCUAGUUUAAUAUCGAGUAAAAAUAUUGUUUACUCUAUGGUGUCGUUUGGGUAAACUUAACCCAACGUGUGUGUAAUGUGUACCCAAAGUUGUUUACGCGUCCCAAAGAAUAUGUUAAAUUGGUAAAUUAUGAAGUUGUAUAAUUGUAUAAAAAAUAAUAAAAAUACUUAUAUACCUGUACAAUUUGUUUAGUAUAGUUAUUUAUUUAAAACAUAGGAGUGAGGUAUGAGCUCGUCUUUUAAAAGUGAAAUUUUAAAAGAAUGUAGCUAGGCACGUGAAUCACUAAUUCUUAACUAACAAAAUCUUUUCUAUAUUUGACGGUGUUAUAUCAGCAAAGGUCAAACUUUGAAAUUUACUAACAGUACCUAUCGGAUGAUAACAAAGUUUUGACUUUUUGUAAAGAUCGGCUACCGGCGCUAACUAGUAUACAUUUUUAUACAAUAUGAUAAAUUUCUAUAAAUUGCAUAGACUACCCAAGUAAUAGGUAAUUACUUAGUUACCACAUUAACAUAACUGUAAUCAUGUAAUUUUAAUACUCAAGACAGCUGCGCAACGGUAAGUGUUUACUUAUAGGGCGAGUAGCUUUUGGAACGGUUGACAAUACGAAACGGUAUGAUUAAUUUUAAUUAGAUUUUAAUAAAAAAUGAUUAUAUAAUCAAUCUAAUAAAUUAAAAUCUUUGAUUCAGCAUCGUUGGAAAUGUGAAUAAUUUUAAAUAUCUAGUCAUGGGUCAGAUUUUUGUAUAUUUUUACAUUGUUGUCAAAAUAAUUUAUUUCUUUUUGCUUUUUUUAUAAUAAAUCAGGUUUAUACAACUUGCAUAUACAUGUUUAUGCAUAUUUACAAAUACUUUACAAUAUUGUACCUAGUUGUUAUUGUGUAGAAAAUGGAGACUUUUUAUAUGAAAAUGUAUCAAUGUCAAAUAAGUGUUCCCGUAGUUAUUAUGAAUUAGUAUCGAAAAGUAACAUUCAAAAUGGUGUCGUAUGUUAAGUAAUAUUCUUUUGUUAUUUUCAACGAAAACAAUUACCAAUCAUUUUCAAGUAAUUUCCACAACAUUUUUUAAAAUCAAAUUCGUAGUUUUUAACAUCACUGUCAUGAAAAUGUUUAAAUCUAGUUAUUAGGUAUUUUGCACCAGUUUCUUCAGAAAAUGCUCUUAAUCUGUGACAUCGAAACAUGUGUUACGUUAUGACUGCAUACAUCGCAAUGACGAUAUUUAAAACUAAUUUAAUGGCUAAAUUUCAUUAUAUUAUUCAGAUUGCUUGAAUAAUAGUGUACUUGUACGGCUAUACAAACGACACCAUUUUUUUAUAUUAAUUAUAUGUUCGAAACAUUAUGAAUUGUGGAGAUAAAUUUAUACUAAUAUUAUACCAAAGUACUUUUCUCUCGCCCUAUGUAAAUGCGCUUUAUUUGUGUAGAAGGUAUGCAGCUUUCAUUAUUUUUAACCCUUGUAUUGUUGUAUUUAAUUUUGUUAAUUUAUUUUUAAAGCACAAAUGUUUUUAUUUUGUUGUUGACACCUCGACAUACGGUAUAACAUUAACUGCUGCUGUUCAAAUCAUCACACCUAAUAAAAUAAUCUUUCUAUUUAUAA